AUGUCGGUCCCUUCGGCGCCCCAUAUUGUCCUGCUGGCUGCCCACCUAGCUGCCAAAGCCGACAUUGCGGCCAUAUCAUACCUAGCGUCAUUACAUGGCCAGAUACUGCGCAAGGAGUUGCUACUGCGCAUCAUUCUUACAUAUCUUCCCGAAACCGUACGAAGCGCCGAGUACGUCGACUUGGUCGCUCAGAUCGAAUCUGGCCAGUACCCCUCUCCAGACGACCCUGAUCGCAGCCCCGUCGAAUUCGAUGCACCGCAUAUAGAAGAGCUCUCGGAUGAGCAGGCCGUCAAGAAGGCCAAGAAGCUCCACUUGCUCAAGCUGUCGUGGGAGCAUGCGCCGGCUGAGGUUGAUCCGGAAGACCACCUGUCGCUCUUCCUCCUCCGGCGCGCAUACCGGGUUGACGAAGAGGCCGGACUUCUGAACGAGCUUCCAUGGUUGUUCGCCCCUUUCAUCGACCAUUCGCCUUACCUACGAACAUGGUUCAUUUCAGUUCUCACGCCACUCUUGAGGCGUAAUUGCGAAUACUAUCCUGGUGACCCUGUACCUCAGACUCUUGCGGAGUUUGAACGCCUUCCCGACCGUGUAGCUGCCAGACUCCUCCUUUCUCAGACUGGAAUUUCCAAGGACGACCAACAGUACGAUUCUGUGGGCAGGGAUCUGCGAGGCCUGGUUAGCCCCUGGCUCUAUAAUGACUCCAGGUGGACAAGUCGACAACAUGGCCUCAUCCCUAAGGGAGACCAGGGACAGGUGGCGAAACCAGAGGAACUCUGCCCGGGAUGGGAGGAAGUACUUCAAUGGCUCGCCGCCCAGGCCUCUGGGUCCUGGAAGGUAGCUGUCAACGCUAUAGAACAGUGGGACGGCCCGGGGGACGCAGAUCUUGGCGCCUAUGAGGGCACGGCGUGGCUGGAGGAGGAGGAGCAGCAGUACAUGGAACGCAGGUAUGCGCGGACUGCGCUGGCAUCGGCAUAUCUCGUCCCAGAAGCUUCGGUGGAUGCAUUAGAGGGGGCUCACGGUAUAGUAGAGAAAAUCAUGUCACUUCUUGAUGAGGAUCCUGCACCGCCUCUGCCCACCGCCGCAUCACUAUUGUCACCGAUGCCGAAGGAACUACUCGGAAGCUGCAAGGACGGCAUAAUGGCCCCGAAGAACGCGGAGCAUCUUCGUGGGGACCUUCUUGACGAGGCGAAUCCGCUCACGAAGCCUGCCUCGGCUCCUGUGCAGCUUCUUUACGCAACGUGCCUCAGCGCCUAUAUUUUAACCAGAGCGGGAAGCCCAUGCACUAUUAAGCGGGCAGCAGAACUUUGCUUGAUGCAAAAUGAGCGUGAUCAAAAGGCAGAGGCAACAAAACUCAUACAUGCGGUUUGCGGCGGCAACGCCCCCAAAUCAGAUGACAAGUAUUGGAUCCGAGCGAGAAACGAAAUCUCGUGGCUUCGCGACUGGGGGGCAGAAGAGUACGGCACACCGUCUUCUGUCGAUGGGUGCGGAGUUUUUGGCCGGGUGAACAGGGAGUUUCUCGAGAUCGAGAUUCUCAAGGGCCUUCUGAACAACACAAGGUACUCUCUUGCGCGGUCAUUAUAUGAAGACUCGCCAGAUGCGCCAAUACCACAGAAAGCGCUCCAGGAUACGAUAUUUGCUGCAGCCAUGAACGCAUACGAUAAUGCAUCCAACCCCAACAGGACAAGGGGUGGAUUGAAGAAGUGUAAUGACAUAAGCAUCAACGCUUUCCCUAAAACAAUAGAAAAGUCAACGCCUGCUGCCCAGAGGUUGGAGGCACUCCUCAAAGCCACCCACUCUCUGAGCGACUACAGGCUAGUCCUGAAGCAGGGUGAGCCGUUCACACCCGUCGUGAUGCGCGUACAUCCCGACCCUAUUUCUAUUGUCGCCAAGGUCCUCGAACAAAAUCCAAAGAGUUAUACCAACAUCCAAGGUCUGAUUGACCUGGGCAAUCAUAUGGUUGAAGCUGGCCUGACUGUCCGCGACCAGCAUGGUCACUCGAUCCUGACGCCAGAGCUCAAGCCAAUCGAGCGGUCCAUGGCAGAGAAGCGUAUCACGGCGAUGUGCGUGGAUGCAGCCUUGAACGAGGAUGAUUUUGAGACAGCAUACUCGUACGUGGUGAACCGACUAGCAUCAAUAACAGCCCCGGCGGCGGGCAAAGACGCUAUAGUGGAUGAGUGGUCUUGGAAAGCGGCUCUCCAGGCUGGUAAGUACCGGCGCACAGCAAAAACCCUACGACCAACACAUCUGGGCAACACCUCUAGCAACCCGGAGAUUCGACACUUGGAGCAGCGCAUCGAGUGUCUAUCUACGGCGCUCCGCAUAGCGCCAGCAGCCACCCUACAGGAGAUCUUGAACACUUUCCGCCGCUGCGAGGAGGAGCUCGACGUGGCUGUGCGCGCUGAAGCAGAUUCCGAAAACGCGUGGGAUGACAAGGGAGAUUUGACCACCAUGCCAGGCGGGUACUCGGCCAGCGCCGCCACCAACACCACCACACGGUCGCAGACCACCAGUUUCUCGUCGGCGGCGCGGAGCAACCAGACAGAGGAAAGUCCGCUGUCGCUUUUCGACCUGUCCCGCGCCACCGCGCGUUUGGCCUCGAGGAACUUCUCCGCCCUGUCAAGCCUAAAGCGAUCCGGGGAGCAGGCUGCUAGGUCGUCAACGGAUCACAACGACUCGUCACUCGCCAGCUCCAUUGGCUCGCUGCAUGACGGGCCUGCCGAUUCGGACCACCCGCGGGCGAGGAAGCGGGACCAGCUAAGAGAAGCGGCGCUUGGUUCCCUCGUCAGUGGUGUUGGAUGGUUGGUCGGUGCGCCGCCUGUUGAUAGGGGGCAGGGCGCAGACAAGGGUUGA